GCUUCAUCGGAGACAGCCAAUAGCAGCCGGCUCUGCGGGGAGGGGGCGUGGCAAAGGGCGCCCCUCACGCGAUAGGUCCUCACCCGGCGCAGCCGGCCAAUGGGAGAGCAGAGCUGCUGAAACCACGCCUACUCAUCAAGCAGACUUUCAUUUCAACCAAUCGCAGCGCGGAGAGCGCGAUGAACGACAGCGCCUGACGGCCAAUGGGAGGCGCGAACCUCGCGGACCAAUCAGCGCGGGGAAGACGGAGCGCCGCUGCCAAUCAGCGCGUGGGGGCGGGGCCGGCGCGGCGCCGUUACCGCCCGGGAAAGGGGAGGAGGCGCCGCCAUCAUGAGCUACGGGUACGGAGAUUGGAAUUCGGGCUCGAGCAGAGGCUACGAGGGCUAUGCCUACGGCUACGGCUACGGGCAGGAGGGCUCCGGAGCCUUCGGCUUCGGCACCGCCGCCAAUUCCUGGGAUUUGGGCGGCUCCGAGCCCGACGGGGCCCCCGAGGGCGCCGGGAAACAGCGGCCGGAGCCGGGAACCACCGGCCAGAGCGACCCCGAGGGACCCCCGGGAACGGGACGGGGGUACGAUCCCUACGAAUCCUACGGCGACUCCCGCGUGAACGACCGGGAUCCGUACCGGGCCGCCUUCGACUAUCCCGGCGAUUAUCCCAACGAUUAUCCCAACGAUUAUCCCAACGAUUAUCCCAACGAUUAUCCUGAUUAUCCCAACGAUUAUCCCGAUUAUCCCAACGAUUAUCCCGGCGAUUAUCCCGGCGAACCCGAGCCCGACGUCGGCGACUUCUACGGCCGCCCGCCGCCGCCGCCGCGGGAGCAGCAAUUCCCGGGGAAAUUCCGUGAGGAUUUGAGCGCGCGGGGCUGGGGCCGGGAGCGGCCGUUCCCGGCGUUCCCGGCGUUCCCGGCGCGCGGCGGAUGGGCCGAUCCGCGCGGGCCCGGCCGGCGCCUCCCGUCGCUCUUCUCCCACAACAUCCUCCCCGAGGCCGGACGCGCCUUCCCCGGCUCCGGCCGCGGCCUCAAGCGCCUCCGGAGGGGCUGGCGGCUCUGGGACGCCGAGUUCCGGCCGCAGCGGAAGCGGCCGCGCCGGGAGGGUUCGGGCCGGCGGCGGCAGCAGCCGAGCGAGGAACGGAACGAGAACGGCUCCGACAACUCCAGCUCCGACAACGAGGAAGGCACGGAGGGAGAAUCCGGAGAAAAGGAGGAAUCCAGAGGGGAAGGGGAGGACGAAGAGGGAAGAGAUUCCGAGAAAGGCGCCCUGGGCCAUCCCGAGGAGAAUUCCCAGAUUUCCCAGCGGCUCCCGGCCGGGAGGAAAUCCCAGGAACGGCAGAAGAAGCGGCACCGGGACCGGAUGGUGGAGAGGAUCCAGUUCGUCUGCUCCCUGUGCAAGUUCCGGACGUUCUUCGAGGACGAGAUCCGGCAGCACCUGGAGAGCAAAUUCCACCGGGAGCAUUUCCAGUUCGUGGGAGCGCGGCUGCCCCCGCAGACGGCACAGUUCCUGCAGGAAUACGUGGCCAACAAGACGCGGAAGACGGAGGAGCGGCGCCGCGGGAUCCGGGACAUCAACGCCGUGAUCCAGCAGAUCCAGCGGGAGCAGGACCUGACCCAGGAUCUGGGCCUGGAUCAGUUCGUGCGGAAGGUGGAGGCCGCUCACUGCUCCGCCUGUGACCUGCUGCUCCCGAUGCAUUUCGGAUCCAUCCAGCGGCACCUCCGGGCCCCGGAGCACAACCACAACCGCCGGGCCAUGCUGGAGCAUUCCAAGCGGGCGUCGCUGGCGGUGGCUCGGAGCAUCCUCAACAACAAAACCAUCGGCAGCAAACUCCAGCGCUUCCUGCAGGGGGAAAAUCCCUUCACGGAUGAUCCCGAGGAAAAGGAGGAGCACGAGGAAGGGGAAGGAGCAGGGGAGGAAAAUCCCACGGAAAAUCCCCAAAUUCCCACAGAAAACACGGAAAAUCCUAUGGAAAAUCCCCAAAAUCCAGAAAAUCCCACGGAAAACCUGGAAAAUCCCACAGAAAAUCCCCAAAAUCCAGCGGAAAAUCCAGAAAAUCUCACAGAAAACACGGAAAACCCCCAAAAUUUGGAAAAUCCCACGGAAAAUCCUCCAAAUCCAGAGGAACAUCCUGAAAAUCCCACAGAAAACCCCAAAAAUCUGGAAAAUCCCACGGAAAAUCUCCAAAAUCCCACGGAAAAUCUCCAAAAUCCCACAGAAAAUCUGGAAAAUCCCAUGAAAAAACCCCAAAAUUCCGAGGAAAAUCCUGAAAAUCCCGCGGGAAAUCCCCAAAAUCUCGAGGAAAAUCCCGAAAAUCCUGAGGAAAAUCCCAGAAAUUCAGCGGAUCCCGAGGAAAAUCCGGAAAAUCCCGAGGAAAAUUCCGAGGAAAAUCUGGAAAAUCUCGAGGGAGGAGCGGCAGCCGAAGGGCGGGAAAGGGGAGCAGGGGCGGAAAAGGAGGAAAAUUCCCAAAAUCCCGAGGAAAACUCCCAAAAUCCUGGGGAAAAUUCCCAAAAUCCCGAGGAAUUCCCGGAGCAGCACCCAGAGGGAAUUUCCGGAACGUUCCGGGAGUGAAAAAAUUCCGGAAUGUCAAAAAAGUUCUGGAAUGUUCCGGGAGAGAAAAAAGUUCCGGAACGUU